GUGAACCCCACACUACUAAUCAACUCCCUCACACUACUCACACUAACCAUCCUCUUAACCCCAAUUAUCCUACCACUCCUAUUUAAAAACUUUAAAAACACCCCGUCAACCAUUACCCGCACUGUUAAAACUGCGUUCCUAAUCAGCCUGGCCCCAGCAACCACAUUCAUCUACUCCGGAGUAGAAUCCAUCGCCUGCCACUGAGAAUGGAAGUUCAUUAUAAACUUCAAAAUCCCCCUAAGCCUGACAAUAGACCAGUACUCAAUAAUAUUCCUUCCAAUUGCCCUAUUUGUGACAUGGUCAAUCCUACAAUUCGCUAUCUGAUACAUAGCCUCAGAGCCAUACGUUACAAAAUUCUUUACCUACCUACUAACAUUCCUAAUUGCCAUACUUCUCCUGACGACCACAAACAACAUGUUCCUCCUAUUCGUUGGCUGAGAGGGAGUAGGAAUCAUAUCCUUCCUCCUCAUCGGCUGAUGACAGGGCCGGGCAGAGGCCAACACUGCUGCCCUGCAGGCUGUAAUCUACAACCGAAUCGGGGACAUUGGGCUGAUCUUAAGCAUAGCAUGACUGGCCUCAACCUUCAACACCUGAGAAAUCCAACAAACCGUAUACCCCCACCAAACCCCCAUCCUCCCCCUCAUAGGAUUAAUCCUCGCAGCCGCAGGAAAAUCUGCCCAAUUUGGACUCCAUCCGUGACUGCCUGCGGCAAUAGAAGGCCCCACCCCAGUAUCAGCCCUACUGCACUCCAGCACCAUGGUAGUGGCCGGAAUCUUCCUACUCAUCCGCAUACACCCACUACUAGCCACCAACCAAACAGCCCUAACCAUCUGCCUAUGCCUAGGCGCCCUGUCAACCCUAUUUGCCGCCACAUGCGCCCUAACCCAAAAUGACAUCAAGAAAAUCAUUGCUUUCUCAACAUCUAGCCAACUCGGACUAAUAAUAGUCGCCAUCGGACUAAACCUUCCACAGCUGGCAUUCCUACACAUCUCCACCCACGCUUUCUUUAAGGCCAUGUUAUUUCUAUGCUCCGGAUCUAUUAUCCACAGCCUAAACGGAGAACAGGACAUCCGAAAAAUAGGCGGCCUACAAAAGAUACUCCCAGUCACAACCUCCUGCCUAACUAUCGGAAACCUGGCAUUAAUAGGAACCCCAUUCCUAGCCGGAUUCUACUCAAAAGACCUCAUCAUCGAAAGCCUAAACACAUCCUACCUAAACACCUGAGCCCUACUCCUAACUCUCCUAGCCACAGCAUUCACCGCAACCUACAGCAUCCGCAUAACUAUCCUAGUCCAAGCCGGACAAACCCGAAUCCCCCCAAUAACACCAAUAAACGAAAACAACCCACUAAUCACUGCCCCACUAACCCGACUCGCCCUGGGUAGCAUUACAGCAGGAAUAAUCAUCACCUCCUUCAUCACACCAGCUAAAACACCACCAAUAACCAUGCCCCUUAUCACCAAAACCGCUGCCAUCCUAGUGACAGUCCUGGGAAUCGCCCUAGCCCUAGAACUCUCGAGCAUAACAAAUGCCAUCACCCACCCCAAACCAAACCCCCUUAUAAACUUCUCCUCCAUAUUAGGGUACUUCAACCCCCUAGUACACCGAUUCUUAUCCAAAAAUCUACUAGAAAAAGGGCAAAACAUUGCCCUACACCUAAUCGACCUCUCCUGACUUAAAAAAAUAGGACCAGAGGGCCUUGCCGACCUGCAAGUAGCCGCAAGCAAAGCCGCAACCCCAAUACACACAGGAUUAAUCAAAGCCUACCUAGGAUCCUUCGCCCUCUCAAUCCUAGUAAUAAUCCUGACAACACACAGA